AUGGAGGCAGUGGAUUCAGUGGGCCUUUCGGGAGGUUUGAUUUGUAUGUGGGACGAAGACUUCUUUCAGAUGGAGGAAUCCAACAAAAACAGAAAUUUUCUUCAUAUUAAGGGUAGGAUGGUUGGGUGUAAUGAGUAUGUUAAUUUCCUGAACAUAUAUAUGCCUCAAGGGAUUACGGCAAAGAAGGAUUUGUGGGAUGCGUUGAGUGUUAUUGUCAAUAGCUUGGAUGGUUUAUGGAUUAUUGGUGGAGAUUUCAAUUCGGUUAGAUUUCGUGAAGAAAGGAGGAAUUGUUCCUUCAAAUCUUCUUGUGCCAAUAACUUCAAUUCGUUUAUUUACGAUGCAGGGUUGUUUGAAUAUGAUUUGAGGGGAGCUCGGUUCACUUGGCGCUCGGAGAAUGGGAAGAAACUUAGUAAACCGGAUAGGUUCUUGGUUAAUUCUGAGUUCUUUAAUAAUUGGCCAGAAGCGCGUGUUCAGGCCCUCCCGAGGCUAUGGUCCGAUCAUUGUCCUAUAAUUUUGAUUUCGAAGUCGGUUAACUUUGGAGCUCGGCCGUUCCGUGUAUUUAAUUCUUGGUUGGGGAAAGAGGGAUUCUCAGAGGUGGUAGAGGAGGCGUGCUCUAAUUUCUCUUGUCCAGGUUAUCCUCCUGAUGUUUUUUUAGUCAGAAAAUUGGGAUAUAUUCGGUGCAAGUUAAGGGAGUGGAGAGAUAAGAUGAUUCGUAAGGAUUGUGAGGUUUGUUCUCGUGCCAUGGAAGAAAUUGCGGCGAUCGAAUCUAUUUUAGAUUCCAGAGAGUUAAGCGAAGAGGAGGAAUGGAUUUUGGCGGAGAAUAAGAAUAUUGUUGCCGAGAUUGAGUAUGCUAAAGUUAUGGACCUGAAACAAAGAUCCCGGGUUAAGUGGGCAAAGGAAGGUGAUGAAAAUUCCAAAUUUUUUCAUUCGUUAAUCAACUGUAGAAAGCUAGCAAUACGAUCCAUGGCUUGA